AUAAUGAUGUCACAUGGCAUAAAGAUAGGAUCAUAUGGCCCAUAUGUGUUUGACCCCACUUUAAUAAGCUUUCACACCAAGGAACAAGUAAAGCUUAUUAUUAUACUGAACCAUCCACAACAUAAACAAAAGGAAAAGCUUCCCUUACACACUUUGAAGAACAAAUUAAGGCACAUACAUAUAUAUAAGAGGCCAAAAGCCAAAACUUUUCAAGCAAUUCAAACCAUUAAUAGCAACAAUAUCUCACCUCCUCCCUGGGGAGCAAUGUUGCAUUCCGCAAUUGUACAAUUGAUAACUCAUUCAUCAGCUGCAAAUUCUCUUGUUGCCUUCUUCAUCUGCCAUCUCAUCAUAGCCGUUCUCUUGCUUAGUGCUGCUAUGUCCGAUCCUCUGCUUGUCAAACAGCGCGAUGAGCGUGAGCCAGUUGACAGCCUAGAAGAAGGCGAUGGAGAUGCGGGAUGCAAGGAGGGCGAUGAGGUCGAGGAUGACGCAUCGGACGAGCUUCGGGAGGACGAUGAGCUGAAGGAGAAAGCUGAGCAGUUCAUAGAAAGGAUGAACAGACUAUGGAGAGCGGAAAAUACGUCUCUGCAUCUACAACUUGUGGGAUAUCAAUGCAGACACAUAGAUGCAUGA